GAUUGGCCGGGAGCGCGGGGAGGCGGCUCUGCCGGGCCCGGGGGCAGCGGUGGGCACGGCUUUAGUAGAGAGAGUCCCACCCCCCCGCCUUCCCCGCUCUGCAGCCCUGCGGGGAUCGAGAGGAGUUUCAGCACAAUGCAAAGAUCUUCUCGGCUGAAAAGGGAGCUCUCCCUCUUGGCCACAGAGCCACCUCCCGGCAUCAUUUGCUGGCAGCAUGAAAACCAGCUGGAUGAGCUGAGAGCGCAAAUUACAGGAGGUGCAGGCACACCGUAUGAGAAAGGAAUAUUCAACCUGGAAAUAGUUAUUCCUGAAAGGUACCCAUUUGAGCCCCCAAAGAUUCGCUUUCUGACCCCCAUCUAUCAUCCUAACAUCGACGCUGCUGGAAGGAUUUGCCUGGAUGUUCUUAAAUCACCUCCAAAGGGCGCGUGGACUCCUUGCCUGAACAUCGUCACGCUGCUGACCUCCAUACAGCUGCUGAUGGCAGAGCCCAACCCCGAUGACCCUCUCAUGGCAGAAAUUUCCUCGGAGUACAAGUACAACAAGGAACUGUUCUUGCUGCAUGCCAGAGAGUGGAGCGAGAAAUACGCAAGCCAGCAGAAGAGGGUAGGAACCACGCUCUACUUUCCCAGCAGAGAGCAGCCCCCUCUUUGUGAACAGCCUGUCUUGUCUCAGUUUGCCUUUCAUCAUCACUUUGGGCAACAUCUCUGGCAGCUGCUUCCUUUCCUCCCCUUCUAUGUGUUAUGGAUGGGUGUUUAAUUUCAUUAUACUUUUAUUU